AUGUCUUCAAUCCUAGUUCUGGCUGAUAUUCCUACCGUGACACUUCUGUACCGUGCAAAAAAGCUCAUUCCUUCGUCCUCGAGAUUUCCGCCAUCCCAGUCUCUCAACAAUACCAUCUCUAUCGUCCGCAAUGACAUCACCAAGCUCCAAGUGGACUGCAUUGUGAAUGCUGCUAAUCGUUCUCUCCUCGGAGGUGGCGGUGUGGAUGGUGCAAUCCACCGCGCUGCCGGUCCCAAGCUACUUCAAGAAUGCCGCGGUCUUGAUGGAUGUGACACUGGCGAUGCGAAGAUCACCGAUGCCUACGAUCUGCCCUGCAAGCGUGUGAUCCAUACAGUCGGCCCAAUCUACAGAAAGGAAGAAGACCCUGUCACGCUCCUUCGAUCCUGCUAUCGGCGCAGCCUGGAACUAGCAGUCGAAAAUGGCAUGAAGAGUGUUGCGUUUUCCGCCAUCAGCACCGGAAUAUACGGCUAUCCCAGUCGAUACGCCGCUGAAGAUGCCAUCAAAGAGGUGCGGAAAUUCCUGGUCGGGCCUCAUGCCGGAAAGCUGGAGCGUGUCGUAUUCUGCAACUUUGAGCGGAAGGAUGUGAUUGCCUAUGAAGAAUUCAUUCCUGAGUAUUUACCUCCCACGCCGGAGGACCUGGCUCAGAGCAGCGACGCUUGA